GCACACGGCGGCGGCGGCUUGCUAGUUCACGGCCACCUCCGAAGCUUCCUGACGGCCUGAACACGACGGCAGAAUAACAGUCAUUCUUGCGCAAUCGACAUUUGGGAGCUUUACAAGCCAUCGCGUACUGACCCUCCCAACUUCACCCGAACAUGACUGUGCGCACCGCAGAAGGGCUCACGCCCGAACAACUAACCUUUUUCAACGAGAAUGGUUAUCUACUGAUACCUGAUGCGCUGUCGCAAGACACGGUCAAGCAGUUGCUGGAAGACACAAACAAUAUGCUAAACGACUUUUCACUCGAUGACCAUCCCAUGACCAAGUUCUCGACUGGCGGCGACGACGGCGCGGACCACGUUGGAGACAGCUACUUCCUGGAGUCCGGUGACAAGGUACGGUUCUUCUUCGAAGAGGAUGCCUUCGACAAGUCUGGCUCACUGACCAAACCUAAACACCGCGCCAUUAACAAGAUCGGCCACUACCUCCACGAGCUCUCGCCUUCGUUCCGCAGCAUGUCCCUUUCCGCCCGCAAUGCCGCCAUUGCGUCCUCGCUCGGGUUCCGCGAUCCCCGUGUUUUGCAAUCUAUGGUUAUCUGCAAGCAGCCUGAGAUAGGCGGUGCAGUGCCGCCACACCAAGAUAGUACCUUUUUGUAUACGGACCCGCCGAGCGCAGUUGGCUGGUGGUAUGCACUCGAGGAUGCGACACAGGAGAACGGGUGCCUAAGCUUCGCUGCUGGGAGUCAUAAACGUGCUGCUAUUGACAAGAGAUUCGUCAGGACGGGCAAUGGUACUGGCUUCAUUGACAAUGAGGGUGCCAAGUUUCCAAAGAGUAUAAAGCACCAGACAAACGCUGAGAAGGAGUACGAGAUGGUCGAGAAGGAGGAGAGGUACGACAUGGGUGAGGUCAAGGCUGGCACUCUUGUCCUUAUCCAUGGCAACAUCCUGCACAAGAGCGAGAAGAACACCAGCAACAAAAGCCGGAAUAUUUACACGUUCCAUGUGAUUGAGGGCGAGGAGAGGUAUGACGAGAGGAAUUGGCUGCAACCGCCUGAGCAAGGAUUCUCAAGGCUAUUUCAGGAAAAGGCCGCGACGGACGCAGAAAACAGACUUGCGAAGGACUGGUAGCUGGUCUGUAGCAAUAUUGAUAGACAUUUCACGAUUUGCUCUGGACGCACAACGCGAUACCACCAAGUACAAAGGCCAUGCCAAUCCAUGUGUCUCUGCUAAUGACCUUCUUCUCUGCCCACCACUCCCCUAGUACGGUGAACAGAAAGGCGAGCGAGUUCGUGAUUGGCACCGUGAGGCUCAACUCCGCCUUACCAAUCAAUAUAAAGAACCAUACACUGCCAGUGACGUUCAAUAAGAGC